AUGGACAUCAUGGCGUCGCAGGACUGGGCUUACCUUCCCGAUGUGCCGCGCGACAUAGGCCCCAUUCGCAAAAUACUUUUAGAGUACAGCAAAAUCUCCCCCGCCGAUGUCGAUGGGCACAUUCUUCGAGUACGCGAGGCUGCGUGGAAAGUAUCGAGAUUUCCUUGUGUCGGAAGGUGGAAGUUUCUGCGCCUCACAGACCAGAAUGACCCCUGUUACCAGCAGGUGUUGUUUAGGCUCAAGGUCCCGAGAUCGAAUGAUGCUUUCCUAGACCUGGGCUGCUGCGUUGGGCAGGCCCUUCGUCAACUCCGACAUGAUGGCGUUGAGGGAUCCCAGUUGUUCGGCGUAGAUGUUCAGUCCAAGUUUGUCGACAUUGGUUACGACUUGUUCCAGGAUCGGAGAGAUUUUUGCGCGACCUUUGUCAUCGGUGACAUUCUUGAUCCUGACGACCGACGGCUCGAUGAGUUGUCACACAAGGUUACCAUCAUAUAUGCCUGCAGCUUCUUUCAUCUCUUCAACUGGAUUCAGCAGCUUUACAUCGGCAUACGCCUUGUUGGGUUCUUGAAACAUGGAACCAAGAAUGCACUCCUAUACGGCCGACACAUUGGCACAGGCAGUCCGAGAUCAAAGUCGUCAACCAGUACAGCCCCUUACCUCCACAACAAGAAUAGCUUUCAGCAGUUGUGGAAUGAGGUGGGUGAGGUGACAAAUACGAGGUGGACUGUAGAAUGGGAGCCUGCUAGCGAGAUGAUUCAUGACCUGCCAAACAUCGAGAAGGAAGUUCAACCAAUCGACUUUAUGGUCCAUCAAGUUACUUGA